UUUACAAGGCCAGAACAUCUAGGAAGCAGUGCCAAAAUCAAAUGUAGUGGUUGCCAUAGCUACCAGGAAUCUACCAAACAACUCACUAUGAAGAAGUUACCCAUCGUGGCCUGUUUUCAUCUCAAACGGUUUGAACACUCAGCCAAACUGAGGCGAAAGAUCACUACGUAUGUCUCGUUUCCGCUGGAGCUGGAUAUGACACCAUUCAUGGCUUCCAGGUAUUCCUUGUUUGCAGUAGUUAAUCACCAGGGAACCUUGGAGAGCGGGCACUAUACCAGCUUCAUCCGGCAGCACAAGGACCAGUGGUUCAAGUGUGAUGAUGCCAUUAUCACCAAGGCUAGCAUUAAGGAUGUGCUAGACAGUGAAGGAUAUUUGCUGUUCUAUCACAAACAGUUCCUGGAGUAUGAAUAGCCUUAUCCAGCAGCUUGGCAGAUACAAACAAGGAAGAAAAUAAGCAAGCCUUCUGAAUCGACACACAAACCUACCUGAAAUAAAAAGACCCAUUAAAAACCAACUAGCACUGAGCUGUAACAGGACCUACUUGACACUGACUGAAAGCCUGGCGGAGUAAGGAAUGAACAAUGUUCAACGUGUAUGCAGUCCUGCAAGGACAGAAAGGGGGGAAAAAAAGAGGCUACAGUCAGUCACUUAACAGAGGAAAUAUAAAACGAAAGGAAUGCUCGGGGUGGGGGAAAUGGGAGCAGAGGAGUCCGGGCACUGGUACAUCUCCUAUGUUCCUCCAACAUGUGUGUGGGAAGGCAAAGGGUUCUACCCUCAUCUCCAUAAAGCAUCUUCUCCAUUUGGUGCUUCAGCUCCAACGACCAAUCAUAUAACAGUUAAAAGUUAAAUCCAAGCCCAUUUUUUAUGCAUAUGGGUCUGAAAGCAGUAGAGUGGAGGAGGAGGGGAUGACACAACUAAAGGACUUUGCAAGUAUCUUUUUAUUUGUGAAUUUUAGUUAUUAAAUAAAUACAGUAUGAAACUAU